GAGGAAGUGGGAGGGGCAAGUGCAGAGAGACACAGAGACCGUAACAUUCACAGUGAAAUGGAUCAGGACUCUGAACUAGACUCUCUUGGACCAGGACUCUGAACUGGACUCUCUUGGAUCAGGACUCUGAACUGGACUCUCUUGGAUCAGGACUCUGAACUGGACUCUCUUGGAUCAGGACUCUGAACUGGACUCUCUUGGACCAGGACUCUGAACUGGACUCUCUUGGACCAGGACUCUGAACUGGACUCUCUUGGAUCAGGACUCUGAACUGGACUCUCUUGGACCAGGGCUCUAAACUGGACUUGUGGAUUUAAUAAUACUAUAAUAAUAAGUUGUGACGGUUUUACAGAAGAAGAAGCUGAUUGGUCGCCAGUCAGACUGUGAUGUCAUAGUUCAGGCUCCAACAAAGACUCACAGGUCAGCUGACCGCCAGGAGGUCAAAGCUCAUCACCCCCUGCAGACGCCUCAUCCUGUGUGCUGACAACAGGAAGGAGAUGGAGGAGUGGAUGGCGGCUCUGCGCAGCGUCCAGAACAGACAGAACUAUGAGUCCACCCAGUACAGCAUGGACCACUUCAGUGGGAUGCACAACUGGUACGCUUGCUCUCACGCCAGACCGACGUACUGCAACGUCUGCAGAGAAGCGCUGUCAGGGGUGACGUCCCACGGGCUGUCCUGUGAAGUGUGUAAGUUUAAGGCUCAUAAGCGCUGUGCUGUCAGAGCCACCAACAACUGUAAAUGGACGACACUGGCUUCUAUUGGGAAGGACAUCAUUGAGGACGAGGACGGGGUGUCAAUGCCUCAUCAGUGGUUGGAGGGGAACCUGCCGGUCUCGGCCAAAUGUAACGUCUGUGAUAAAACCUGUGGCAGCGUCCUCCGUCUGCAGGACUGGAGGUGUCUCUGGUGUAAAGCCAUGGUGCACUCAGGCUGUAAGGAGCAGCUCUCCAGUAAGUGUCCUCUGGGUCAGUGUAAAGUGUCAGUCAUUCCCCCAACUGCACUCAACAGCAUUGACUCUGAUGGUUUCUGGAAGGCCUCGUGUCCUCCGUCCUGCACGAGUCCUCUCCUGGUGUUUGUCAACUCUAAGAGCGGAGACAAUCAGGGUGUCAAGUUCCUGAGACGCUUCAAACAGCUGCUGAACCCGGCACAGGUGUUUGACCUGAUGAACGGGGGACCUCACCUGGGUCUGCGUUUGUUCCAGAAGUUUGACACAUUUAGGAUCCUGGUUUGUGGAGGAGACGGCAGCGUCGGCUGGGUUCUGUCCGAGAUUGACACUCUCACGUUGCACAAACAGUGUCAGCUGGGAGUUCUUCCUCUGGGGACUGGGAAUGAUCUUGCCCGGGUUCUGGGUUGGGGUUCAGCCUGUGACGACGACACACAGCUGCCUCAGAUACUGGAGAAACUGGAGCGAGCCAGCACCAAGAUGCUAGACAGGUGGAGUAUUAUGGUCUAUGAGACAAAGUUUCCACGGCAACAUUCUGGCUCCACUGUCACUGAGGACUGCAGCGACGACUCUGAGGUUCAGCAGAUUCUGACCUACGAGGACUCAGUGGCUGCUCACCUGUCCAAGAUCCUGACCUCAGACCAGCACUCUGUGGUCAUCUCCUCCGCCAAGGUUCUGUGUGAGACAGUGAAGGACUUCGUAGCUCGUGUUGGUAAAGCAUACGAGAAGAACACAGAGAGUUCAGAGGAGUCAGAGGUCAUGGCCAAGAAGUGUGGUGUGUUAAAGGAAAAACUGGAUUCCCUGCUGAAGACUCUGAAUGAGGAGUCUCGGGCUUCCGCCGUGCCCCCCCAGGCCCCUCACCCAACCAUUGCUGAGGAGCAGGAGGAUGCCAAGGGAGUUGUACUGUCUCCUUCUCUUCAUCAUCAGCAUCAUCAUCUUCCUCCUCAUGCCCCAUACUGCUCCCCACGGACCAACACUUCCUCUUCUGCGGCGGCAAUCUUUAAACCUCGAGAGCAGCUGAUGCUGAGAGCCAACAGUCUGAAGAAAGCCAUCAGACAGAUCAUCGAGCACACGGAGAAAGCGGUGGACGAGCAGAACGCUCAAACUCAGCAGCAGCUCUUCUCUCUCAGUCCGCCUGAAGAAGACAAGUGUUUGUUGGAGGAGGAUGAGGAGGAUGAGGAGGACAAGUUGGCUCUGCAGUUAUCCUACAGCGCCAAGCAGCGCAACACAGGCAGAGUCAGUAAGACGCCCUGUGAGAAGCUGAUCAGUAAAGGCAGCCAGUCACUGGGCAGCUCUGCAUCACUUCAUGUCCAGACAGGAAGUAGGGAGACCAUGCCGACACUCAACACGAAGAUCCUCUAUCCAGGUCUCAGAGGAAUCUCAGCUUCUCUCUCCAGCAGUUCUGUGAUCAGUCGAUUGCUGGUCAACGCCGACCCGUUCAGCUGUGACCCCGACAACAUGGACUGCUACACUGAGAAGUGUGUCAUGAAUAACUACUUUGGAAUCGGACUUGACGCUAAAAUCUCUCUGGACUUCAACAACAAGAGAGACGAACAUCCAGAGAAGUGCAGGAGCCGGACGAAGAACAUGAUGUGGUACGGAGUCCUGGGAACCAAAGAGCUGCUGCACAGAACCUACAAGAACCUGGAGCAGAAGGUUCUCCUGGAGUGUGACGGGCGUCCCAUCCCUCUCCCCAGUCUGCAAGGCAUUGCUGUGCUGAACAUCCCCAGCUAUGCAGGAGGUACCAACUUCUGGGGAGGAACCAAAGAGGACGAUACAUUCACAGCUCCGUCCUUUGAUGAUAAGAUCCUGGAGGUGGUGGCUGUGUUCGGCAGCAUGCAGAUGGCCGUGUCACGAGUCAUCAACCUGCAACAUCACCGCAUUGCACAGUGUCGUACGGUGAAGAUCACGAUCCUGGGUGAUGAAGGCGUCCCAGUGCAGGUGGAUGGGGAGGCCUGGGUGCAGCCACCAGGUUACAUCAAGAUCAUCCACAAAAACCGAACCCAGACCCUCACGAGAGACAGGGCAUUUGAGAGCACUCUAAAAUCCUGGGAGGACAAACAGAAGUGUGAGUUUCUCCGGACCCCCCCUCCUCAGUCCCCCCAGCCCCCCCUCUCCUCCCAGCCAGAGAUUGUCUCGGAAGAUGAGGCGUCGCUCAUCAGCGAGUUCGGUCAGGCAGCAGGAGCUCUGAUACACAGUAUUCGUGAAGUUGCUCAGUCUCACCACAGUCUGGAACAGGAGCUGGCUCACGCUGUCAACGCCAGCUCAAAGGCCAUGGACGUGGUUUACGCCAACUCCAAGAACUCUGGGGCGCUGUGCUGCAGCGUGGUCCUUCAGAUGGUCAGUAACGUCAAAGCUUUACUCAGUGAGACUGAACUGCUGCUGGCUGGAAAUAUGUCCAUGCAGCUGGAUCCUCCUCAGCAGGACCAGUUGAAUGCAGCUCUGAGCUCGGUGGCUCAGCAGCUCCGCCGGCUGGCUGACGUCCCCUGGUUGUGUCCCGUCCUCGACCCGUCAGACCACGAGGGUCCUCUGACAGAGUUCUCCAAACGCAGCCGGAGCGCAAAGUUUCGUCUCGUCCCGAAAUUCAAAAAAGACAAAAACAAUAAGAACAAAGAGACCUGCACCACCCUGUCUCUCUCUCUGCCAGCUAACCAGUGGGGGACGGAGGAGGUGGGGGCAUGGCUGGACUUCCUGUGUCUCAGCGAGUAUAAGGACAUCUUUAUCGGACACGACGUCCGCGGGGCCGAACUCAUCCACCUGGAGAGGAGGGACCUGAAGGACCUCGGGGUGACCAAGGUGGGUCACAUGAAGAGGAUCCUUCAGGGCAUCAGAGAGCUCAACAGGAACAGCAGUGCCAGCGAGGCCUGACUGCUGCCAGAAACAGCUGUUUGCUCUCAUUCCUCCUCACUGCCACCUGACCUGAACACAACCAUCGUCUAUGACAUCACAUCCUGAGCUCACUGUGAUUGGACCAGCGGUCAGCUCAAUGACAUAGAACCAAUCAGAUGAUCCAGUAGUGCCUUGUCAUCUUACCCACCAAUCAAUCAGGAUCCAGGACACAGGGAGGUGGGCCCAUGAGACAAUGGAGACAACAUGGCCGACAGAGGAGUGUGUGAAGCAGUUACCUUUAACCUUUUUUAUCAGUGAAUCCACGUUAUCAAUGACUUUGACUGACCUCCUUAUCAUCAGUGACUUUUAAAGUGAUUAUUAUUACUAUUACAUCCAGACUUUACUCCGUCUGUAGACUGAACACCAAGCUGCAGGUCUGGGUUCUACACGAUUCUCCUACAUACAGGAUCCAGACUUUACUCCGUCGAAGGACAGAAGACUUGAAAGUUUGUCUAGACUGUGGCAGCAGUGAUCCAGAGACUCCCUGACAACCAACCCGGGUCUCCAGCAGAGUCUUGAGACCCGGGUCUGGAAGCCAUUUGAACCACGUUUGAGCAGGAUCUGGCCUGGGGAUGAAUCAGGUUAUGGAUGUGUGGACUUGGAUGGAUUUGGAACACCAGCUCCAGUUAAGAGGACUCAAAUCCAGCAUGACCCUUGAAACAUGUCGGUUUUGGCUUCCUGUGAUCUACCUGUCCGGCUCUUCUGAGCAGCCGGCCAGAACCUCCUGUCUGUCGUGGACCUGUUGGACCAAGCUGAAGCAGAACCCUUUAAACCUCUCAAGAACAUUUUACGUCCUCAAUCUGCCAAACGGGAACACUGUGAGGACAGACGCUUUAAGUUUCUCUCUGAGAGACAUUUGUACUAAAAUACAUAUUUAUUUCUUCUAUACCUUGAUGUUUAGAUUCGUCUUUCGAUGUCUUUUUGAACAGGAAGUGGUAAAUACUGACGAGGAGACGUACUGAACCAAUCAGAUGUCUGACGAAGACAAGUGUAUCAGUCUAUGAAGACAAGCUGUGUUGUCUGUCUGCCUGUCUGUCUGCCUGUCUCUCUGUCUACCUGCCUGCCUGCCUGCCUGUCUGUCUGUCUGUCUGUCUGUCUGUCUGUCUGUCUGUUUACUUUAAAACCGUCUUUUUUUAGGGGACCAAACAGUGAAGACUUUGAUGUGUUUUUGUAACAAAGUAAUUGAAAGUCUUCAAGAGGUUGUUGAUCUCAAACAUGUUCAUGUUAAAUGUAUAAAAUAUCAGAUGUGAAGGACCGAUUGCUCUGAAGCCUUAACUGAAGUAACAACUUUUAUCAAAUAAAAUUCACGUUUCCUCUCGUCCUUAA